AUGUUCAAACUCCUGUUUCUCAGCCUUUUGGCUGCCCAGUCCGUGCUGGCGAUGAGAUUCGCCAUGUACAUCGACGAAUAUCACACCGUUGAUCUCCCAGGCAGUGAUCAGACUCAGGGUAUCACCCACGCGAUCAUGGCCUUUGCCAAGUCGACUCUGUUUAACUCUGAUUCUCCCGCCCAAUUCAAGCCCUUCGAACCCGUUGACACCAUGCGGAAGCGCUUCGGACCCGAUACAAAGGUUAUGAUUGCCAUUGGAGGAUGGGGUGACACCGCUGGGUUCUCCGAGGGAGCCAAGGACGAAGCGUCUCGCAGCCGGUAUGCGAAGAACGUUGCGGCGAUGAUUAACAGCCUGGGGUUUGACGGAGUCGACAUUGACUGGGAAUACCCCGGUGGCAACGGCGACGACUACAAGAAGAACCCCAACUCUGGGAAGACCGGCGAGAUUGAGAGCUUCCCGCUCUUCCUGCAGGCGCUCCGCCAGGCCAUCGGCAAGGAUAAGCUCCUCUCCAUCGCGGUCCCCGGUAAACGCGGGGAUAUGAUCGCCUUCACCAAGGAGCAAGGUCCCAAGAUCUGGCCGUCCGUGGAUAUGGUCAACGUGAUGUCGUAUGAUCUGAUGAACCGCCGGGACAACGUGACGAACCACCACACCAGCGUCGCCGGCUCGCUCGAUACCGUCAAGGCGUAUGAGGAGAUCGGACUCGACCCAGCCAAGAUCAAUCUGGGCUUUGCGUACUACGCCAAAUGGUUUACCACCGAUCCCAGAUCGGACUGCAAUGAUCACGCGCUCGGGUGUGCAGUCGCGACCCUGGAGAACCCGGAUGGAACGGACGCGGGCACGUCCGGCGCGCUGACGUUUGAGAAGAGCACCAUGUCGCCGGCGCCGGCGGAUCUGAAGGUGUCUACGGACGGAACCUGCGGCUUUGCCAAGGGCACCAAGUGCCCGGCUGGGUCGUGCUGUAGUCAAUAUGGCAGCUGCGGUACCGGCAAUGACUUCUGCCAGGCAGGAUGCCUUUCCGACUACGGCGAAUGCAAAGGCAUCUCGGUCAUCGACUCCUGGCGCCGUGCGCUCAAGGACGGCAAGACGGACGAGAAGGCCGGCGGGCAGUACUACUGGGACAGCGAGACGCAUCUCUUCUGGACGUGGGACACACCGGCGCUGAUCGAGCGCAAGUUCACGGACAUUGUGGACGCCGAGAAGCUGGGCGGCGUGAUGGCCUGGAGCUUGGGAGAAGAUAGCCUGGACUGGGGACAUCUGAAGGCGAUGCAGAAGGGGGUUGAUGCCAACACCGGGGCUCGCGUCGGGGGGCCUAAGUGCCGUUGA